AUGGCUUCUAACCAUGGGGGUGCGGCGCUGGAAGAGAGCGUGCGUGCUCUCGAUGUCACCGACUCCUCUGAUGCAGAGAAUUCUCACGAGUCCUCUCCCACUCCCGCUGCUUUGUUUCUCCCUCAUUCCAAGCACUUCCCUCUUCCCACCCAUCAGAGCGUGGACGUGGUUGAUCUGCUGCCCGGCCCCAUCUGGCACAUCAUCUUCCGCCACCUGCUGCUACCACCAGGCAGUUCCGCUCACCUACAGAAGCAGGACGAUCCUUUGAAGAAACUGUCUUCGCGGGAAGCGCACAGCAGUUUGCGUGACCUGGUUAAUCUGCUUACCACAGAAGCGUCUGCUCAGCUGCAGCAGCGACUCUCUCUUAGCGCAUUUCAGUGGGAAGAAGGCAGCAGUUCCUCAGCCACAACCAGACCACUUUCCGCCUGUGAGCAGCAUGAGGAGAACGCGAGGCGCUUCGGCUCCUCCUGGCCUCUGCUGCGCUGUGCCAUGGCCAGCAAGAGACUCUUCGAGCAUGUCAUCUCCUUCUCUGAGCUGGAGCCAAUCUGCCUCAUAUUCAACGAUCAGGAACCCCAGUGGACAGGAAUGCUCUCAUGGUUCCUCAGACGGACAGGCCACAAGUCUCUUGACCUCGUUUUUAGUGACUUGACGGACUUGCGGAACCUCGGCCAGCUUAUGGCAUCCUCUGCUCACUCCGUCACAACUUUGUGCAUAGGAGUGAAGGAUUCUUCUUCGUAUCAUUCCAGAUCCUUCGAAGACUGCCUGAUCUAUCCGGGCCUCUUCAAGCAGUUUGGCCAGCUGCAACGGCUUAAGCUAUGCCGUGGGAGGUGGCAGCUAGGCAGUGUGGAUGCAGCAUGGUUCACGGCGCUGAGGAGUCUGACCAUCAGUCAUGUUGACUGCAGAGAUUGGGAUUACAACUUCCUGUCUUCCAUUACCCCGCAGCUGCAUGAAUUCUUUCUUUCUUCCUCCAACCGUGACAUUUGCAGCCUCAAACUCGGCUUCGCUGUUGCUCGAGUUGUCUCAGUCAGCUUUGAGGGCAUGCUGCUUACAGUUGACUUCUCCCUCCCUCCCACUCUCAAGUCGCUUUCUAUCUCGGCAGAGGACCUGGAGGUUAACUGCAAGUGCGACAGCCCUCUCUCUCUCGACUCUUUCACUCUCAUUGGCCGCUCACAGCUCCUUAUCUUUUCACUCCCACCACUAGCCUGCGCAAGAAUUGUCAUUUUCAAUGGACCACACACCCUGUAUCAUGCCUGCCUGCAUCCACUCUCCUUGACCCAGCUACUCCGCAUCAUAGCGCCAACAGUGGAGACGCUUUUAGUGAGGCAUGGCUGGCCAAUGGAGGACGUGGAUGCAGAGUGGAGCCGCCUGCGCUCUCUUGGGAUUGGUGUGGAAGGCUGGAGAGAUGGGGUGAGCAGCAGGAGUGAGCUGGAGGCGAUAAGGCCUCCUUUCAUUCAAGCCCCAAAGCUGAAAUCUAUUUCCUUUGCGACUCGGCAGUGGCAGCCCAAGACGCUGGUAUCUCUGCGCAGGCAGUUUCCGUCCCUGACGCUGUACCGCGUUGUUGGUCGGUCGUUUCACUGGGAGGGGGAGGGUGAGAAGGGAAGCAAGCAGCCAGUGGUACAGCUGAGGCCAGAACAUGGUGCACAUGCCAUGGAGGACAUGGAGCAGGAUGAUCGGAUCAUGAGCCGUCACAUUCCCGCCACCCUAUCGCCGCUUCCCGCCACCCGUCUCCCCUGUUCGCCGCCCAAUCUCCCGUGCUCGCCGCCCGAUCUCCCCUUCCCGCGGCCCGAUCUCCCCUUCCUGCCGCCCGAUAUCCCCUUCCCGCAUCCUCUCGCCUUUCCGCGUAGCCUCCUCUCGCCUCUCCGCGCGGCCUCCUCUCGCCUCUCCGCGCGGCCUCCUCUCGUCUCUCCGCGCGGCCUCCUCUCGCCUCUCCGCGCGGCCUCCUCUCACCUCUCCGCGCGGCCUCCUCUCGCCUCCCCGCGCCGUCUCCUCUCGCCUCCCCGCGCGGCCUCCUCUCGCCUCUCCGCGCGGCCUCCUCUCGCCUCCUCUCGCCACUCCGCGCGGCCUCCUCUCGCCUCUCCGCGCGGCCUCCUCUCGCCUCUCCGCGCGGCCUCCUCUCGCCUCCCCGCGCGGCCUCCUCUCGCCUCUCCGCGCGGCCUCCUCUCCCCUCCCUUUGCCCUCGCUACCCCCUCCCAUCGCCAUCGCUUCCCCCUCCCGUCGCCCUCGCUUCCCCCUCCCAUCGCCCUCGCUUCCCCCUCCCAUCGCCCUCGCUUCCCCCUCCCAUCGCCCUCGCUUCCCCCUCCCAUCGCCCUCGCUUCCCCCUCCCAUCGCCCUCGCUUCCCCCUCCCGUCGCCCUCGCUUCCCCCUCCCUUUGCCCUCGCUUCCCCCUCCCAUCGCCAUCGCUUCCCCCUCCCAUCGCCCUUGCUUCCCCCUCCCGUCGCCCUUGCUUCCCCCUCCCGUCGCCCUCGCUUCCCCCGCCCAUCGCUAGUCCACUUGCGCCAUCUGUCAGCGUGGGGCAGCAGCACCACCAACGCCUCCUCCUCUCACCUCCUUGCCUUCCUCUUCCCCCUCUCCCCCCCAAACCCCCACCCACUCUUCCCCUGCAGUUGCUGGUUCACUUGCGCCAUCUGUCAGUGUGGGGCAGCAGCAUCACCAACGCCUCUGCGCCGCUGCUCCCUUUCCCCCACUCCCACCAUCCUCUUUCCACCCCCGCCUCUCCCCCUUCCCCUGCAGUCGCUCGUUCACUUGCGCCAUCUGUCAGUGUGGGGCAGCAGCAUCACCAGCGCCUCUGCCUCGCUGCUCCUCGCCUUCCCCCGCCUGCUCUCCGCCAACCUCGCCUGGACUGCCCUCUCCCACCUCCCCGCCCACCCCUCCCUCACCGCCCUCCACCUCUCCCACUGCCCCCUGCUUUCCAUUGGCUUCCCUCUCCCCUCCUCCUCAUCCUCUCCCUCCGCCUCCUCUCCUUCCUCCUCUCACUCCUCCUCCUCUUCCUCCUUCCCCCUCACUCAUCUGGUUCUCUCUGGUGCCUCAAUCGCUCCUCCCUCCUCCCUCUUCCCUCCUCACCUCCUCGCCUUCCUCACUCACCUCACCUCGACCCCUCUACUGCUGCUGUCCCUGACGCCCUUCUGUUACACCUCGCCCACUCCCUUCCCCACACGGUACGUUAGCUCCUCACCACUCUCCCUCACACACCUUGAUCUCUCUGGCUGA